CGCUGGAGCAUGCCUAGCCAGCUAAUAAAUAACUUUGAAAUUAGUAACAUUAUUUCAGGGUUUCGUUUGGUACUGCGAUGGAUGCGCUGCUCUCCUGGCUCUGGUCCUCGGAGGAGGAGGAACUGAAGAUGUUGGACUUCAUGGCUUACUUCAUGGUUUUCAUGGCAGUCUGCACGUUUCUAAGUCUGCUCUUUCAAAACGUCCCUUACGGGAGAUAUGCGUCGAGUAAAUAUGGAUUUCCUGUCAAUGUCAAACUUGCCUGGUUCGUUCAGGAGUUGCCCUCGUUGCUGUUGCCUUUGUGUUUGAUGUUUUGGGAAUCUUCCGCCAAAAUGUCUCAAUUGCCAAAUCAGCUCCUCGUUACCAUGUUCCUGUGCCACUAUUUCCAGAGAACACUCAUUUAUCCGUUUGUAAUCCGAGGUGGGAAAUCAACGCCGUUCGUCUCAUUUGCCUUGGCUUUUGUUUUCUGCAUCUAUAAUGGCUACAUGCAGGUCCGAUAUCUGAGCCACUACGCCGAGUACCCUGCGUACUGGGUUACACAUCCAUACUUCAUCGUUGGUUCUGCCCUUUGGUUGACUGGCUGGCUAUUGAAUAUUCACUCAGACCACAUCCUGAGGAACCUGAGAAAGCCUGGUGAGACCGGGUACAAGAUUCCACGAGGUGGAAUGUUUGAAUAUGUUUCUGCGGCCAACUUCUUGGGGGAGAUAACGGAGUGGACUGGCUUCGCUGUGGCCGCCCAAUCUGUUCACAGCGCCGCUUUCGCCCUCUUCACUACAGUGGUACUCUCCAGCAGGGCUGUGGCCCACCACAAAUGGUACCUCACCAAGUUUGAAGACUAUCCUAAAAGCAGGAAGGCUCUGAUACCUUUUGUGUUGUAGAAACAACUGGAAAUGAGGCAAAAACUUGAGAACAUACGGAGUUAAAUUUCUUUUUUUUUUCUAACACUAAAAAGAACAACAAAACUCUGGAUUUCUAACAAAGAAAAAGUUUUAGGACUCUCCUCAUCUGCAUUCUUAGGAUGGAAAAUGAAUGCAAAGCACUUAUUUAUGGUUUGAUUAAACUUCAAGACUCAUCUGUUGCCGUCGUUCUAACAUCUGUUCGGUAUAAAAACUCAGAAAGUGGGGGUAAUAGAGUCAUUUUCAGUUCAUUUUCCUGGACCAUUUGGAGAGAGUUUUCUGCCGUCUUCAAACACCGGAAAGAAAAGCCACUCUGGGACAAAGCAGGGAGGAGGGGGCUGAAAAGCCACAGAUCGUAUCGGACCUGUCCCUGGCCAAGGAGCCGAGAUGAAAACUGUUCAACUGGCGAUUAAGCAUGGCUCUUAAUAACUCACUCUUCCCUGAAAUGAGCAGAUGAGAAAGGUGCCUGAACACAUCACUUCUAGGGUUUCUGAGAAACGGUAAAAAACGAAAACUUGGAUGGUACAUCAGAGCUGCAUCACUUUAAAUGUCAAAUGGAUCAUAAUUGAAUAGACGAGGAAAAUAAAGAACAAAUCUAAUAGUAUUGAUCUCAAUGAUUUUAUGCUUACUGUUCUCCUGAGCCAGAAAAUCAUUUCUGUGUCUAUAAAGGCUUCUCUUUAAUAAUGUUUUUAAAAGGUCUGCUUUAAGUUGAAUGUUUUCCAUUUAUUUUAGAUUUGGGAGAAAUGCCAUUUUUGUAAUCUUACAAAUUCAGAGGCUUUUACAGUUCAGUUUGUGAGGCUCCAUCUCAUCCAUGUCAACCCCUUUUAUCUAUAUUUUCAGUUUUUUUUUAAAUCUGUGAGAUUUGGGAAAAAAAAAUCCAUGAGCUUGCCGUUUAUGUCUGUAUACUUUCAAAAGAGGGGGGCGGGGAAUAUGUAAAAUUUACGGACACCGUACAACUUGACAUGUAUGCAAUCGACACUACAGUGAAUACAAAUGCUGCCUUUAGACCUCCUGUCCUCAAACAAACUGAAAUUUUUUGAGGGAAAAACAUUAAAAAAAACACUCUCCAAAAUGGAGCUUUAUAAAA